UGCUUCCCUCUGCCGCUAUAUUACAUCCCACUCGACUCCACCAAGAGCUUUCUCCGUCAAGCUCCCGGGAAGAUCCACCUCGCCGGCGACAAUGGCGGCCCCCGGCGACUCUCUUCCGGACAUGCUCGACUCGCGAACGCAUUUCUUCGGCCUCAAGCUCUUCGUCCUCGUCGGCGUGGCGGCCGUCGCCGUCGUCUGCCUCGUCGCCGUCUGCCUCGGUUGCCUCUGCAUCUGCUCGAAGCAACGGAGCUCGAAGGGCCGCGACGUCGGGCCGAGGCGGAAGCACGGGCCCGGCUCCGUCCCGGCGGCGACCAAGACGAUGGUGGAGCUCAGGGCAGGCGCGGCGGAUCGCGUCGAGCGCGGCGCCAGAGAGGAGGGCGGGAUCGGGUAUGCGGAACCGGAUCCGGCGAAGUUCCGGGAGCUACUCGAGAUCGGCAGGGACGAGGCCGGACAUGGAGGAGGCGGAGGAGAGAAGACGAGGAGGGGAAUGCGCGGCGACGACGGCCACGGCGGCCCCGGCCGUCGGAGGGAGAGCCCCGCGGCGCCGGCGCCGGCGGCGGGGGAGGAGCGGAGGAACGUGGGGUGGGGGCGGUGGUACAGCUUGCGGGAGCUGGAGAUCGCGACGGGGUUCGCGGAGGAGAACGUGAUCGGAGAAGGAGGCUACGGCGUCGUGUUCAGGGGGGUCUUGCCCGACGGCUCGGCGGUGGCGGUGAAGAACCUGCUCAGCAAGAGGGGUCAGGCGGAGAAGGAGUUCAAAGUUGAAGUUGAAGCCAUAGGUAAAGUAAGACAUAAGAACUUGGUUGGGCUGGUUGGAUAUUGUGCAGAGGGUUCUAAAAGGAUGUUCGUGUAUAAAUACAUCGAUAAUGGGAAUUUGGAGCAAUGGUUGCACGGUGACGUUGGACCUGUUAGCCCCUUGACAUGGGACAUCCGGAUGAAAAUUGCAGUCGGAAUAGCUAAAGGGCUAGCCUAUCUGCAUGAAGGUCUAGAACCAAAAGUAGUACAUCGGGAUGUAAAAGCUAGCAAUAUUCUUCUGGACAAAGGAUGGAAUCCCAAGAUAUCAGAUUUCGGCCUCGCCAAACUCUUGGGGUCUGAGGCUAGCCACGUGACUACGCGUGUAAUGGGCACUUUUGGUUACGUUUCUCCUGAGUAUGCAAGCACGGGCAUGCUUAAUGAAUGGAGUGAUGUAUACAGUUUCGGGGUUUUACUGAUGGAGAUAGUAACGGGAAGGACUCCGAUUGACUAUUCCAGACCAGCAGCAGAGAUGAGCCUAAUCGAAUGGGUUAAGGAAAUGGUAGCCAGCCAUCGUGGGGAAGAUCUUGUUGAUCCCUUGAUUGCAGUUCAGCCCCCUCCUAGAGCUCUGAAGAUUUUGCUGAUCUGUCUGCGCUGUAUCGACUUAGAGGCCACCAAACGACCGAAGAUGGGGCAAAUUGUUCACAUGCUCGAGACAGAGGAUUUCGCUUUCCGCACUGAACACCGGCCAGCUCGAGAGAAAGAUCCACUUCUAUCGAGGGGGGUCGAUUCGCAUGACAUUCAUCCGGAUAGAUCGAGGUGGCGAUAACGCAUGUUGCUGGACUCGCGGGUUCACCGUCUUGCGGCCUAAGUCAAUUCAUACAAGAAACAGAUUCUUGGAUAACUUUAAUGGGUAUACAACACAUAUCUUGUGUCUCUUGUCUUGCUUCUAAUGUAUUAUUUCACCUGUAAAUGCUGGAAAUUUCUCCCGUUUUAGUUCGAUAAAAGCCGUGUAAAUUUGUCGGCUCGACGGACAGACUUAAGUGGAGAGGAGUGUCUCACAUUUUAUUGCAGUGAUUCUUAACAUACUGGGAAUUCCCUGCUGUGCAUCCAAAUUGAAUGAAAUUUAUGGCAAAGGCAAUAUAUUGGGAAGAUCCA